AUGCUCAAUCCCGAGCCUGCUCCAGCACCCCAACCACCCCAACCACUGCCACUAUGUGUGGAGAUCGCUUACCAGCAUAUCAAUAAGAUCAAACGGUUUGCCACUGAAGGCUACGAUAAACCAGCGGCCGACCAUGUGUUGACUGGAGCCAUCAACUAUAACGAGUGGCGGCGCCAUUUCGAUUCUCGCAUCGUCGCCAAAGUACCCUAUUUCGAUAUUUACUUCAAAAAUGGGGGUAGUUUUAGUCUUGAUGACUUGAUCCAACAAUUACGAGUACUUGGCAUCACUCCCGAUCAUAACAGCUUGAUACCGAUCGCUCCAUUGUUUGCCAAUGCGAUUGCCGCCCUGUUUCGUACGGUGUUACUUGCGACUAUGGAAGCGGACCUCGCCGAAGAAAUCCACCAACAAUUCCCCGGUUUCAGCGACGGGAUCGAAAUCUUGAAAUAUGUCGAUGCUAGCUUUAAUCUCGUCAGCCCUCGCCUCGUGUACUAUAAGAUCCACCGCAUCUUGAAGCUGAACUUAUUACACAAAAACGGUAGCCAUUUACAGGCCCGAGCCAAGUUCUGGGACUUAGUGAACCAAGGCGACGAUGAUGUCUAUCGUGACGUUGACUUGUACCAUGCCAUAAUUCUCAUGGGGCUCGUUGACACCGAGGGAAGAGAGUUUUGUCUCGAUGUCAUGGACGAAGUAUACUAUCGAACAGGGACGCCAUUAUCUCGAGCGGUAUUGGAUACGGCUCGUGACCAGUGGCGCCAACGGUGUCACCAUACUGCUUAUAAUCCGCUGUGUUCAGUCGAUGAUGCUACGUCGUUCGAUGGCAUAUUAUCCACUCACCCAUUUCUGGGAGACAAUGUCCCCAUAGUGGCCCGUAUGUCUCGGUAUAAGAUUGAUGGGAAGUAUGUGCCUGUGCGGCGAAUGCCUAAGGAGGCUCCACUAGCUCUGUUAGAGGAUUUGCUAGGGGUAGAAACUACUCCUCAAUCACCUUCAGGUGUUCCCGCUAUCAUCCAGGAGAUCUUGGAAUCAUCAUCCAAAGAUGAUGAACAAUAUAACGAAUCUGAUCACAAAAAGCUUGAGUCAAGUGAGAUGGAUAAAGCCGAAGACGACAAAAUUGAUGAUGUUAAACCCACAGAGGACGAAGCUGACGAUGACAAAGCUGAGAAGGACACCAUUAAUAAUGAGGAAGCUGAGGACGACAACGAAGAUGAUGAACCUAAGGAUGGUAUUGAGGACAGGAUUGACGAUGAUGAAGCUAAGGAGGCUAAGACUGAGGAUGACGAGGUUGAUGAUGAUUCCAAGGAAAAGACGUCUACGGCCUCGCCGGAUACAAACGAAGUUAGCAAUACAAACGAUAAUCCCUCGCCGCAAACAAAUGUUGACGAGGAAGCACUGCUGUACAAAGGUUCUACUCCUCCAGAAUCUGAAAAGUCUCCACAAUCUGAGAAGUCUCCACAAUCUAACAACAGCCUGAGAAAAACGUCUCCCUUUGCUUCUGCCAUCACAAAAUCACCCUCUAUGUCUCCUGAAGGCGACUUGGGGUCACCGGCGUCGCUGGAUUCGACGCCCCUCACCCCAGUUGCCCCACAAACGUUAAAACGACCAAUGUCCACUUCGGUGCCCACUCUGCCGGAAGAUGCUAAACGAGCACGCAUAUCGUCGUAA